UCUCCUUUUUAUUUUGCUUGGGCCGGAAGCUCUGGCCACUUUAGUUCAUGUGCCACAGUGUGCCAAAGUAACGUAGCUAGCUUCCACUGGAAACAAGGAACAGCUCUUGCAGUUAAAAGCUCCACACGAUCGCUCUCCAAGGAAACUCAAGGAGCUAUGGCGGAACUUAGCUCCAGGAACACGGCCAAGCUGGUGGUCUACUUGGUUCUUGCCAUCGCCUCAGCAGGAGGGAUCGACGCCACCACCAUCCGCCUCUACAACGCCUGCCCCUUCACGAUCUGGCCGGCGUGGCUCUCCAACGCCGGCAAGCCCCAGCUCGGCCCCGGCGGCAUCAAGCUCAACCCCUGGCAAUCCUACGACGUCUACGCCUUGAACAACUGGGCCGGACGAUUCUGGGGGCGCACCGGCUGCGAUCUAGAUGGCUACUAUCCCCGCGGCUGCGACACAGGCGAUUGCAAUCGCACCAUCUCCUGCAACACCCCCGGCGCCACCCCGACCACCCUCGUCGAGUACUCGCUCCACAACAACAAUGUGGACAACUACGACGUGACGCUCGUGGAUGGCUACAAUCUGCCCAUCCGCGUGUCGCCCAGCCACCCCGGCUGCUCCACAGCCGGCUGCCGUGCCGAUAUCAACGUCCACUGCCCGCCCGAGCUCGCCGUGCGCAACGCCGACGGCUAUGUCAUGGCCUGCAAGAGCGCCUGCCUCGCCUUCCCUGCCGAGGAUCGGUUUUGCUGCCGCAACCAGUAUGACAACGAGCACUGCCCCAACAACGAGUACGCCGCGCGCUUCAAGGACUCGUGCCCUAGCGCCAUCACUUACAAGUACGAUCGCGAGAACAGCAGCUUCCGCUGCCCGUCCGGGACGGAUUACACCAUCACAUUCUGCCCAUCCGGGAAUGCCGAGGAUGGGAUCAUCACGCUGGGGCGCCGCGAGGAAGAGGACGCCUAAACGAGAGAGAGAGAUGAAGAACCCUAGAUUUUGAAUUUGCCCCAAAUUGAUGUUUUCCCGCGCCAAAGUGAAGUUUCAAAUGAAAAUGUGAAUGAGCAA